UUUAUUAGCGAAAAAAGCAUAACACUAUGAGCCCACUUCUUAUCCAAUCAGCAUCCACACAAUCGAAGUUCUCUUCCUCUUCCUGCGCUUCUCAAACAAUUCUAUCGUCACAAAGCUGCAGAUGAAGUGAAAACUAUGGUCGUGUGAUGAUCAUGAACUCUAAGCUCAUGGGUCCAUCUUCCACUCUUCUACCAAAACCCGUCACACCAUUCCUAACAAACCAAUGUCCAAUCCCGUCCUCUCGCUUUGCCAAGCUACCUUCAUUCCCAAACAUGCCGGAGUCCGGUUCCUCUGCCAGAAGACCGAAUUUCAGCACGCAUGCGAAGAAGAAGAAUCCAUGGCUGGACCCGUUUGAUGACGGGGAGGACCCCGACAUGGAAUAUGGGUCUCUGUUCGCGGACGGGAAACAAGAGGAGGACACUCGGCCGCCUGACAACCCGGACAGCCCUUACGGGUUUUUAAAAUUCCCAAUGGGCUAUAAUGUCGAGGUCGCCCCGCUUGGACUCAAGGUGAGGGGGGACGUGAGGAGGUGCUGCUGCGUGGUCUCGGGGGGUGUGUAUGAGAACUUGCUGUUUUUCCCAGCGAUUCAGCUGAUCAAGGAUCGGUACCCCGGGGUUCAGGUCGAUGUGGUGGCUUCCCCAAGAGGAAAGCAGACUUACGAGUUGAACAAGAAUGUGAGGUGGGCUGAUGCCUAUGACCCCGAUGACGAUUUCCCCGAGCCAGCUGAGUAUAUUGACAUGAUUGGACUACUUAAGAGCAGGUACUAUGACAUGAUCUUGUCGACUAGGCUUGCUGGGCUCGGGCAUGCGUCCUUCUUGUUCAUGACUUCUGCCCGAGACAGAGUCAGUUACAUCUAUCCGAAUGUGAAUGCUGCCGGGGCAGGACUGCUGCUCUCUGAGACUUUUACUGCAGAGAGCUUGAAUCUUUCUGAAGGUGGAUACAACAUGUACCAUGAAAUGCUUGAUUGGUUGGGGAGGCCUUUUAGGAGUGUGCCGAGGACUCCAGUGCCGCCACUUAAGGUUUCCAUCUCGAGGAAGCUGAAGGAGUUGGUGGAGGCCAAGGUGAAAAGCGCCGGAGCUGAGAAAGGAAAGUAUAUAGUGAUUCACGGGCUGGAGUCGGACUCAAAGGCUUCAAUGCAGUCCAAAGGGGAUGCUGACAGCCUGCUGCCGAUCGGUGUGUGGGCAGAAAUUGCAGAGGGUGUCAGCAGGGGAAUCAAGCCGGUUUUUGUAAUCCCACAUGAGAAAGAAAGGGAAAACGUGGAGGAAAUAGUCGGGGAAGAUACCAGCAUUGUCUUCAUAACUACACCAGGACAGUUAUCAGGUUUUGAUGUUGUUGUUCUCCAGCUCGCCGCCUUGAUAAAUGAUUCAGUGGGGGUAAUAUCAACCAACACAGCAGCUGUUCAACUUGCCAAUGCGCGCAAAAAACCAAGCAUCGCCUUGUUUGGCUCAGAAGAGAAGGCAAAGCUAUUCGUUCCCAAUGCAGAAGAGAAGAAAUGCUUCACAAUCUCCUCUAAAACAGGAAAGCUCGCUGAUAUUGAGGUAGAAACUGUGAAAAACUCGAUGCAGAUAUUCGACGUGGCCCUGGCUUUGGCCUAGAAGAGAAGAGUCGGCAUUCCAUUUUACCAAUUCUUUCCCUCAAUUUCCGAGUUGUAAAUUCUAUCUUCAAUUCGUUGAAUUAAGAGCUCAGAUCAUAUAUACCUACCAGGAGGAGUAACUGAAUGAUGUCAGGAGCAUAUUUGUGUAGUUUAUAGAGUAUUGUCAGAA